UCAAGUUGGUAUGCAUGUAGGGGGUGUGGCUCUAAGAGAGAUAGACAGGUUCUAUAUUUAAUGAAGUGAAACAAAGUUUGAGGAACUAUAUGUUGCCUAGCAAUCACUACAUCAAGAUAAAUAGCUGAGGGGAUUUUUUUUUCACUUUGGACAAACUGCUGUGACUUCCAGGUGGACCUAAAGGAGGUGAAGGAAAUGCCCAACAGAAAAAUCUUCAGCAGCUGUUUCAGAGCAUCAGUGUGACACAGACAGAGAGAGGGAGCAAGCAGCAGAGGGCAAAGUCAAGAGACAAAGAGAGGGAAAGAGAAACAGAAAGAGAAAGAGAGAGAGAGAGAGAGAGAGAGAGGGAGCAGAAAACAAGAGGAGAAGCUGCUUUUGUUGAAACUUGUCUCUGAUCACACUGAAGGGCUUCCACCAUGGGAAAGUCAGCCUCGAAGCAGUUUUCACGGGAGCUUCUGCAGUGCCACAACGAGUACAGAAACAAACACCAGGCUCCUCCCCUGAAGCUGAGCAUCAAGUUGAGCAGAGAGGCUGCCCGUUAUGCUGAAAGUCUGUCCAGCACACGGAUCCUGAAGCACAGUGUGGAGUCCAGCAGAGGGAGUUGUGGAGAGAACCUGGCGUGGGCAUCCUAUGACCAAUCAGGGAAGGAUGUGACAGAUCGCUGGUAUGAUGAAGUGAAACAGUACAAUUUCAGCCGUCCUGGAUUCUCCUCAGGCACAGGUCAUUUCACAGCGAUGGUGUGGAAGAACACUAAAAAGCUGGGUGUGGGGAAGGCCACUGCAUCAGAUGGUUCUUCCUUCGUGGUGGCGAGAUACUUCCCAGCCGGAAACAUCACCAACCAGGGACACUUUGAAAACAACGUUCUCCCGGCUAAAACCACCACUUCAUAAAGUUGACGAGAUCAUAAAGACUUGACUCAAACCAAAAGGGAUUUAUUCCUUCCUCCAGGAGUGGUGUUAUCUGCCUGCACUGUUGUGGAGAAGACUCUGGAGAGCACCAGUUGUUGCCUAGUAGAUAAACGACAUAAUACGAACUCCUGAAGCUUCUAAAAGAUGUACAUGUGUAACAUGCAGUGUUUAAAAUGAAAGACGCGUUACUGUUUGACAUUAUUAACAAUACGUGUAGUGACCAGGUGGACUAUAGAAUCCUGAUGGUCAUUUACACUGCAUGAGACGGUAUUUCCUUCAUAAAUUUUAGUACUUUAAUAUAUUUCACACCCUUAAAAACAUCACGGCUUCACAUCUGAAUCCGUUUAGGACUAGGGACUAAUUAAGUGGAAAUGCAGGGAACUCACAUUUUCAUAUUGCUGAUUACUCAACAUGCUCAGUAUGUAAUUGUGUUCAUGCAGCUACUUGUCAAAACAAAAUCUGCUCAUCCAGGAUGUGUGUUUUCUUUUUUACUCUAAUCAGAUUUUUUUAAAGUUUAUAGAUUGCCAGAUAUCUGUUUGGCAACUGUCUAUGCAUGCUAGUGUUAGAGUUUAAUUUCUCCGUGUUUGCAGGCGAAGUAUAACCCUUCCAUUGAAAAUGAUUGAAAAGGAACAUUGUAGACAAUGUUAAACACUGAGUAAUGAACAUGUUUUUCCGAAAUUGGUAUAAAACGUCUGAAUAAUUGUGCGAUUGGCAUAAAUCCUCUGAGUCUUAAA